UGAGCAUGUCGACGAGACAUGGAUCUGACGCCUGCGCAGAAGCCAGCGUGAGUCUGAAUCGUCGAUUGGGAGACUGUCGGAGCGAAGAAUCUAGAGUGAUGGGACCUGAGUGAAGGAACAGCCGCGAGUGAUCCCUCUCCAAGCCGGUUAUGACAGGCAGUGGCACCUGGUGUGUGUGAGGUUAGUGUGGUGCUGUCUCUCUCUAUCUCUCUAGACAGAGCUGAGGUGAAAGGGUCAGGAUGGCUUCAGCCUGUGCUGAGAUCUGUGGGUCAGACUACGCUGAACAGACGCAGCACGACCAGCGAUAUGGCGUCAGAUCAUACCUCCACCAGUUCUACGAGGAGUGUACAGCCUCCAUCUGGGAACGCGAUGAAGAUUUUCAGAUUCAGAGAUCGCCUAGUCGGUGGAGCUCUGUCUUCUGGAAGGUCUGUCUAGCGUUAGGAACCCUGAUCCUGGUGACAGGCCUCAUUGUCCUACUGGUGGGCUACGCCACCCCGACUAAGAUCGAAGCGUUCGGGGAGGACGAGCUCCUCUUCGUGGACAGCCAUGCUGUGCGCUUCAACCGAGCGCUGGACGUGUGCAAGCUGACGGGCGCCGUGCUGUUCUGCGUGGGUGGCGGCCUGAUGGCCGUAGGUCUCCUCCUCUCGGCCUUCUCUAAGACCUACUCCAAGGAGGAGCUGUACCUGCAGCAGAAGUUUAAGGAGAGGCUGGUUGAUAUCCAGAAUACGGUCCAUCCAAUCACCAGAGGCCCUACUCCGGGGGAGAGUAAGAUCCCUGUCACCCUGUCUAAAGUGCAAAGUGUCCAGCCCAACUCAGAGACAUAACAGUUAUCAAUGUAGUAGUGAGAGGUAGAUCA